GGAAGCGGCGGCGGUCCCGGUGAUCCCGGUGAUCCCGGCGGUCCCGGUGAUCCCCAUCCCGGCGAUCCCCAUCCCGGCGGUCCCGGUGCCGUCAUGUCGGGCCGCUGCUGCCAGGGGCAGACGCCCAGCCGGGACAUCCCGGGCCCCGGCAAGUGCCUGGCGCUGCCCGACGGGGCCGCGCUGCCGCCCGGCGACUACAGCACCACGCCGGGGGGCACCGUGUUCGGGACCACGCCGGGCGGUACCAGGAUCAUCUACGACCGUAAGUUUUUGAUGGAGUGCCGCAACUCCCCGGUGGCCAAAACACCCCCCUCCGACCUUCCCGACAUUCCAGGCGUCACCAGCCCCAGCGUGGAGGAGCUGAAGCUCGAAAACCACCACGUGCAAAACUGUGAGGAGAAAGCGAGCGCAGCAGGUGAGGAAGAGCAGUUUGACAUGGACAUCUAACGCACCUGCCCGGGGAGUGCUGAUCCAGUGAAGCACCAGGACUUGUUUUGAGGAUUCCCACCAGCCAGGCUUACAGCAGCCCACGCCUUGAGUGCCUUCCUGCUCCUGGGAAAGGCAGUUGAUUCCCUUGGGAGAGCAGAGCGUGUCCUGUUCCAGGGGCCGGGUCUCAGAGUGCCAGAGGAGACACUCUCACCCCUUGGUUUUGGUUCCAGUUUUAUGCUUUUGUUAAUCAUUUUAAUACUGUAACAGUUACAGAAAUGCUAUAUAAGGGAGAAAUAAAAAUCAUGUGGAGUCUCCUGGUGUGGAGAUGAAUGCAAUAAA